AUAGCAGCAGAAAUCAACAGGGAGGGUGAGGCGGUGUGGCCGCCCUCCGCCUCGGUCGGAGUGCCCGCCCGCCAGAGCGGGGUGCCCGUCAUGAGCGUGCCCGAGGUGGAGACGCUCGUGUCCCAGAGGUACGAGAUCAAGAAGCGCCUGGGCAAAGGGGCUUAUGGCAUUGUAUGGAAAGCAAUCGACCGCAGGACAGGAGAAAUAGUUGCUGUUAAAAAGAUUUUUGAUGCUUUCAGGAACAGAACAGAUGCUCAGAGAACGUUUCGAGAGAUUAUGUUCCUGCAGGAAUUUGGAGAACAUCCAAAUAUCAUCAAGCUGCUUGAUGUUAUCCGAGCUCAGAACGACAAGGAUAUCUACCUCAUCUUUGAGUCCAUGGAGACAGAUUUACAUGCUGUGAUUAAGAAGGGGAAUUUGCUGAAAGAUAUCCACAAGUGUUACAUUCUCUACCAACUCCUGAAGGCAACUAAAUUCAUCCACUCGGGAAAUGUUAUUCACAGAGAUCAGAAGCCUUCAAAUAUCUUGCUGGAUGCAGACUGCUUUGUUAAACUUUGUGAUUUUGGGCUGGCCCGUUCUUUAUGUCAGAUGAAUGAGGAUCAAGGCAACCCUGCUCUAACGGAAUAUGUGGCAACACGCUGGUACCGAGCCCCUGAGAUCUUACUUUCCUCUCAGAGUUACACUAAAGGUGUAGACAUGUGGAGCAUUGGCUGUAUUCUGGGAGAGCUGCUACUUGGGAAACCUCUUUUUCCCGGAACAUCAACAGUAAAUCAAAUAGAGCAGAUCUUGAGGGUCAUUCCUGCCCCAUCCCCAGAAGAUAUUUUGGCUAUGCAGUCAGAUUAUAAGGCCUCGGUUAUUAACCGCAUGAUUUCCCGGCAGCGAGUAACAUUUGAGGAGAUUUUACCAUCCUCUACUCCAUUGCCUGCCUUGGAUCUUCUGAAGAAACUUUUAGUAUUUAACCCUGAUAAACGACUCACAGCAGAAGAGGCUCUGCAUCAUCCUUACGUGAAAAGGUUUCACUGUCCUGCCAGGGAGCCCUCUCUGGAUUAUGAUGUGAUUCUUCCUUUAGGUGAUGAUAUCCAGCUGUCUGUGGCAGAAUAUCGAAAUAAAUUAUAUGAGAUGAUCCUUGAAAAGAAAUUAAAUAGUCAUCCAAAGGAGCAAGUGCGAGGAGAAAACGUUCAGCCAUGUCUGCCUGAAUCUAGGCCACUUCUUCCAGAUUCCAGUUCUGUGACUUCACCUAGCAGGAAAGGCCAGAGAGAACCUGCACCUUCUCUUCCAAAAACUUCACGUGUGCAUGCUACAACUACAACUAGUGUCCAGCCAGAAGUAUCCAGCCAGACUGAAGAUUUAGCAAGAACUUUAUGUCAGAGAUCAAAGAUCAAUGUGAUAUACAAUCCUAUAACACACACUGCUGUUCAAAGUAAUGCAAAUUCUGAUGCUGUGAUCAAGAACUGUUCUGCACCACCUUCUCAACAGGCCAGACUCUCCAACAAUAGGAAACUGGGAAGACAAUUCACAUGGGCAAAUGCAAAUGCUCAGUUACCUCCUACAAGUGUACAGAACCUUUAUAAUAAUCCAAGAAAUACUCAGUUUCACAGCAAAGAUGUACAUCCCCUUCUAAAGUCCAGUAAAAAGAUGUUCCAGAUUACUAGAAAUAUGGGAGCUGCUGGUGAUCCGAAAGCAUCAAUGGGCAGUUACUCCCAGGCCUAUGGAACCAUAUGUAAAUCUGCACUGCAGAGUCUUCCAAUAUCAAAGUCCUCCCAACAACAUGAGCAGUGAAUAUGGAAGUGUUCUAACCAGAACUCUGAGACUACAGUUACAGAGGGGAUUCGGGCACUAGAUUCCAACAGUGAGUACCACUGCCACGGAUAGAGUAUCCAUUUUAUCUUUUAGUACCUAAACACCAAAGGCUAGUUAAGUAAAAAAAAUAGUACAUUCACUUCUGGUACCAAGUUUGGUCACUUCAGUCUGGUAAUAAUACUAGGGAGCUGGGAAUGCAGCUCACAGGGGAGUCUGGGUUUAUUCUGCUAUAUUCACAAAAUACGCAUUUGUUGUCUGUUUUGGGUACAGGUAAAUACAGACAAUGGCAAUGACACAGUGAGCAUGUUGUGUAGGCAGUGCUCUACAUAGCAUGUUGGCUCGUGUGUCUUAAGAUGCCAGUUCUCAUGCACAGAAAAGGGAGCCUACUGCUUAAUUCAGGAUUGUGACUUCCACUGAAAGCCUAGCACCUAGGAAUUUGACAAUACAAUGUGACAUCUAAGAUCCUCUGUGAACCUAGUCUCAGACUGAGAGGUGCUGGGCUAUAACACUUUCUAUUCUUAAACUGGCUUUUGUUAUUACUAAGUGACUUAGUUAUUCUGCAAUAUUUGUAUAUACCUAUAACAUCUGGUAAUCACCAAAUCACUAAAAGACAUGAGUCAUUCUAGUUCUCAUCACGAACGUACUUUUACACUGAACGCACCAUACUGAGCAAGAUAAAAUUCUAAAAAUCUAAACAAAUACAGCAAAAUUCCAAAAUGUUAAUGUAAUCUGUGACUAUAGAAAUAAUUAUAUUUCUAACUUGUCUGUUACGUAAUGAUGCUGGAGCAGGUAGGUUUGUGAAAGGCUUGGGAGGUAUGGAAUGAUUGGAGUAAGAAUUACACAAAAUAGGGCUACCAUAUAUAUAACAGACUAUAUAGUCUAUCUUCCUCCCUAGGGUAGAAUAAUGUCAACCUGUAUCAUAUGGCAGAGAACAACUGUAUUGAUCAUUACAGUUCAUUUUCGGGCCCACCAAUAACUGGAUUUGAUUCAUUACUAAGAGCAGACAAAAUAAGUAUACAUUCAGCAUUCAUUUAUGCAUUUGUAUGUCUGCAACAGAUUAUGGGUUAAAUCUGAAAUGGUAUACAUUUAUACAAUAUGGAGUAACCAUAAGAAAUCCAUUGCUUUUUUUUUUUUUUUUCUAAUUUUGGUUGCUGCUUCUUUCUUUUUUCUUUCUUUCCUUUCUUAACUUUAUUUCUAGGUUUACCUCCUUAUGUUAAAAUAAUUCCUCUUGAUUCUUGCAGAUUUUUACCACCAUCUGUAUUAAUAUGGAAACAGCUUAAAUUUUUUUUCAGAUCAGACAGUCUGUCUUUCCACACAUUCAUUUCCCAAGGUUUUCAACAAAUAGUAAAAUAAUCAUUAAUUGUUACAGAUAUGUAAAUAAUAUAAAGCCUGAUAACUUAUAUAAUGCCUGCUGCCAUGGGAGCUGGCAUCCUAAAAAAAGGCUAAAGUUUUAAAGACUCUACUAAAGUUACCUUAAGGAACUGAUGCAGCCUCUUGUCUCCAUCUGUCAGCCACGUACCUGAACUCGUUUGCUAAGCUUGCGGCUGGUGUCACAAAGUGGGUAAUCAUGAAACCCAAGCUAAUGGAAACGGGAAAUUCAGAAGCCUAGUUCCAUGUGAGAGCAUUUUUCCCUGUCAUCUCUUUAGGCUAUGGCACUAAGAUCAGGAAAAUAAAAAAACCCACACCAAUUUAGCAAUCCUGCUAGAUGCCAAGCAGAGACAGUCCAAGAUGAGGGAAGAAAACCUAAGAGCUAAGUGACUAAACACUAUGUACAGCAUUUUCACGAUAGCCUCUCUGUCUACCCUCUGUCCUGCAAGACACUAAAACACAACAGUGUGCACCUACAGGCUAAUCUGGACUGUUUUAAAGCUGCAUGGUUAAGCUUGAUACCAAACUACUACAGGAAAGUUACAUGAGAUAAACCACCUCUGAGCUUGAAAAUUCCAGCAGCCUUAUUCCUUCCAUUGUUAGGAAUCCCUUCCUUCCUUGUCUUCACAUGGAUGUGCCAACAAAUGAAUGUCCCCCUCCUCCCCCCAGUCACUCUGGAUUGGGAGUUACAUUGUCAAGGAAGUUACUACUUUGCCAAGACAACAUUUUAGAUGCUUAAUUAAACUCCCAACUCAGAUGAACAGCAGGCCUAAACCCAGGUCUUUCUCCAUUAAUAGCAUGUCAAUGUCCUUUUUAUGGCCUUUCAGCUGCUGCUUUCAGCU